AUGGACAGAAGAAGAAGUAGUAGAAUUGUUGCUUUGGAAGAGAAGAAGCAACUGGAAAAAGAAAGAAAAUUAGCCAUAGCUUUGGAAAAGAAGAACAAAUCAAUCAACCAAGAUGCAAAAAACAAAGGAAAAGGAAAAGCAACAAGGGAAAUAUGGGAUGAAUUAAGUGACUUUAAUAAUGAUGAAGGUUCAACAAAAAUGGCACACUCAUCUUUGAGCACUAUGCCACUGAAGAAUAUCCUUCAGAUAAUUAUCGACUUUCUGCAAAGGAGAGACGUGGAUGAACUAUUUGCUGAACCAGUUAAUCCUAACGUGAUGGAUAACUACUAUGAAAUUGUGAAGCAACCAAUGGAUUUUGCUACCAUGAGGGCCAAACUUCAUGAGGGCAUGUACACAGACCUUGAACAGUUCAAGCGUGAUAUAUUUCUAAUAUGCUCCAAUGCAACCAGUGUUCAUCCUGAAAGAUCAAAGUACCAUGAAGUGGCAGAAGAUAUAAGUAGAUAUGCUAAGUGGACUUUUGAGGCUCUGAGUGUUGACCCUCAACAUCUUAAUCUAGAAUUUUCACAAAGCAAGAAACGCCCAAAUACAAGGGCACAAAAAGGGCAACAGAGAACUCCAAGGAGGGUUGCUCCUAAACAAAGUGAGAGUACAAAUUCUCCUGAAACACAGAAAAGAGACUUUUAUUGGCCUCCAAGUAAGCCCUUGUCUUCUGAUGUCCUAGAUGCUAGUAAGAAGGCUAACUUUCAACUGUAUAUCUUCAUCACCUAG